CAAUUUCUCCCAUUCAUUUUAAUAGAAGUGACCCGUCUCUGCUAAGUAAUCUCUGGCCAUAUUGUGGUUCGUUAAUUCGCGGACGGGAAGUAACAGGCUGGCGCAAGGAGUGCGCUCCCACCUUACAAAUCAGAUGCGUACAUCAGAAUUUCAUUUAAACCUCUAGACCCUGAAUGUUUACUUGUAUUAGAUUGGAAGGAACAUUAUUUCUAUUUACAAAGAUACCAUAAACAGUGUCCUCCCCGCAUCAAAUAAUAACUGACGCGCAGUGUGACGUUUCACUUGUGUUAAAGAGAAUCAUCUUUAGUGUCGGGAUGCUGAGCCUGAGGCACGAGGCCUAAAACCAUCAUUUAUUUCAUUUAUCAAUCAUCUUCAACGCAAUGGAGGAGAUUUUACGGAAGCUUCAGAAGGAGGCAUCGAGCAACAAACAUAAAGCAAUCCGGGACGCGUGCAGUGUCGCCCGCGAAACCCUUGAGGCUCAAAAUGGAUCGGUUAAAAUCACACCAUCUAAACUCAGAGAGAAGUGUCUGUUCCCUCUGCAGUUGGCACUGGAGUCUAAAAACAUUAAACUGGCCCAGACUGCCCUCACUGGAAUGCAGAAGAUCCUUUGUGAGGAUUGCUUUGUUGCUGUGGAAACGGAGGUUCCAGAGAAGCAGCUGUUGAGUCAGAUGCUGGGAGCCAUCAGGGUGACGCCCACCCUACAUGAAGACCUGCAGGUGGAGGUCAUGAAGGUUCUGCUUUGUGUCACCUACUCCUCUUCUUUUGAGAUCAAUGGCCACAACAUCUUGAGAAUUGCUGAGGUUUGUAUCGAGACAUACAUAUCGAGCUGUCAUCGACGCAGCAUCAACACAGCGAUCAGGGCCACCCUCGGUCAAAUACUGGGAGACCUCGCCCUACAACUGCGCCAUAGACAAGACAACACAGGUGUUGAUGGGGAGGAACAUUACAUGUCUGUGCUCCAGCGCAAAGAUAUCUCUCCCACUACUGAUGCGCUGUAUGAAGAUGUUGUGAUGGUGCUAAUUGUAUUCUGUGACAAAUUGGAAUCUGUCUCAAAUGAACAGCAGUUGCUGCAGCUUUUGUAUCUGGAGUGUAUCCUGUCUAUGCUGAGCAGCUGUCCUCCUACAAUGCACCUGCAGCGUCAUUUCACUGACCUCAUCUGGAAGCAGUUAUGUCCAACACUGGUGGUGAUUAUGGGAAACCCUGCGAGUGAUAAAAGCAUCACCUCUGCUCAUGGCGGUUCGUCCCAAGACUCAGACGUGGCGUCAGGGACCGCAGUUUUGGAUCAAGGCCGGGGGUCUGGCUGCUCCUCGAAUGCUCCUGCCAUGAUCGGCCCAGUGGUCCGCACAAUCUGCUAUGUGGCAGCAGAGUUAGUUCGUCUGGUGGGAUGCGUUGAGUCCAUGAAGCCUGUGCUGCAGUCCUUGUACCACCGUAUUCUGCUCUAUCCUCCUCCUCAGCACAGAGUGGAGGCCAUAAAGAUUAUGAAGGAGAUUGUGGGAAGCCCCCAGCGCUUGUUUGACCUGGCUGGUCCAUGUGUCAUUGAGCCUGAGACAAGGAAGAGAUCCUUCUCGAAAAGGAAGUCACAUCUUGAUCUUCUUAAACUGGUAAUGGAUGGUAUAACUGAAGCGUGUAUGAAGGGUGGGAUUGAGGCCUGCUACUCCUCCGUCUCCUGUGCUUGUGCCCUGUUGGGUGCUUUAGAUGAGCUCAGUCAAGGGCGGGGCCUGCAGCAGGACCAAACUUGCAUGCUGCUGCGCCGAUUGGAUGAGCUAAAGGAGGGGGCGGAGUCUAUGCAAGAAUUUGUAGAACUUAAUGAAGCGGACUUCCGCUGGCAGCGGCGCGUGCUCUCGUCUGAGAAUGCCACCUGGGAGAGCACCAUUCUUGAACGCAGCCCUGAUAUCAGCAUCAGUGUUACAACUGACACAGGCCAAACCACUUUAGAGGGGGACAUGAGUCAGACCACUCUGGAAAGGGACUUGGGCCAAACCACUCCAGAGGACUGCGGGGUGGAACCACGCCUGCCGUCGCCCAUUGCAGGAAUGGGCCCUGACCGGCCAGUAUGUGUACGAGACAGUGGCCCCCCAGAAGCUAAUUCCAGUGCUGCCCCUCCCGACGUGGUUCAACGCAGCCAUGGCCUGGCUUAUCCUGACAUUACCAACUUCCUGUCUGUGGAGUCUCGAACGUGGUCACAUGGCCCGCGCUACAGCGAAAGCAACUUUAGUACGGAUGAGCAGGAAUUGUCCAGAACAGAGUUCGAUUCGUGCGACCAGUACUCCAUGGCUGCAGAAAAGGACUCUGGACGCUCCGACGUGUCGGACAUGGGCUCUGAUAACUGCUCGCUCGCCGAUGAGGAAGAGACGCCGCGGGACUGUCCCGGACAUCAUACACUACGGACAGCUGCUCUGUCCCUGAAAUUGCUGAAGAACCAAGAAGCUGAUCAGCAGAGUGCCCGGCUCUUUGUGCAGUCUUUAGCUGCGCUGCUGCCUCGUCUGCUAGGAUUGCACAGCACAACAGAUGUAGAUGUCUCCCUACAGAACUUCUCCUCCACCUUCUGUUCAGGGCUGCAAGCAGGUGGCGUUCACUCUCCAGGCUUUGAGGGCUGUGAAACCCUGAGUUGUCAGGCUCUGAUGAAUGCUGAUGGAUUGUAUUUGGUGUCUUAUUAUGCUCUACUGCUCAACCUCAAACUCUGUUGCUGUGACUACUACCACAGGAAGACCACGCCUGCUCUGGUCACUCUGAAGGAGUUUGUGCGUCAGGUCCAGAGCAGUGGUGUUCUGGUGGUUUUGUCUCAGGCAUGGAUCGAGGAACUCUAUAAUCAGGUGCUGGAGAGGAAUCUGCUGGGAGAGGCUGGAUACUGGGGGUCAGCUGAGGAGCAGUCUCUACCCCUCAUCACCAUACUCACUGAUAUUGAUGGGCUGGGCAGCAGUGCUAUUGGUGGUCAGCUGAUCAGAAAGGCCUCCACACAGUCGCCCUUCACCUGUGACAAGAACAGCAGUGGCAACCUGGUGGCAGGUGUGGUGUUUGCCCGCUACAUCCUGACUGGCUGCUGGAAAAACCUGAUCGACACGCUGUCCACGCCGCUCACAGGGCGCAUGGCGGGAAGCUCCAGGGGUCUUGCCUUCAUUCUGGGAGCGGAGGGAGUUAAAGAGCAAACCCAGAGAGAGAGGGACACCAUCUGCCUCAGUCUGGAUGGUCUACGCAAGGCUGCGGCCCUCAGCUGUGCUCUGGGUGUGGCAGCUAACUGUGCGUCAGCUCUUGCUCAGAUGGCAGCAGCAUCAUGUGUUCAGGAAGAGAAAGAGGAGAAAGAAAUGGGCGAGACAAGAGACGCCAUUACUCAAGUUAAACAGCGUGUGGAGCAGAAACUGGAGCAGAUGGGUCGCUGUCAGGGCGUGAGGUUGCACACAGCACAUGUGCUCUGCAUGGACGCUAUACUCAAUGUGGGACUGGAGAUGGGCAGCCAUAACCACAACUGCUGGCUGCAUGUGUUCAGAGUGAUAGAGUUUGUGAGUUCACUGGAACACACUCACUUCAGUGACGGAGGCUCCCAGCCGCCCAUCACUAUAACGCAGGCGCAGCAGGCCGUGGCAGUGGACCUGGAGCUGGAGUUGAGCGUUGAGGCCAGUUCAGAGCUGGAGCUGGGGCUCAGUCAUCCUGUCAUCCAGCCCCUUUCCAUCCAGGAGCUGUUGAGAGAGAGCAGUUGCGGGAAAGGUUUCGAUCUGCGCGGAGGCAGUCUGCUCACCGGCAUCAGUGCGGCCAAAGCUGUCUGCACCCUCUCCACACAAGCUGACAGGUUGUUUGAGGAUGCAGUGAGUAAACUCAAUCUGGUUGGUCUGGUGGGCUUCCUGCAUCAGCUCAGAAAAGCUUCACAGUCUCAACUCUUUGAUUCAGUCACAGAAACUGGAGACUAUUCCUUGGCCAUGCCAGGGGAGGCCAAGUCCACGCAGGACAAGAGCAGCGCUCUGCAUCUCUUCCGGUUAGGUGAGGCCAUGCUGCGCAUCGUGAAGAACAAGAGCAGACCACUGCUGCACAUGAUGAGGGCCUGGAGCGUGGUGGCACCUCACCUGGUGGAGGCGGCAUGUCACAAGGAGCGUCACGUAUCCCAGAAGGCCGUGUCGUUCAUUCAUGAUGUUCUGAUCGAGGUUCUGAGCAGCUGGGCAGAGCUCCCACACUUUCACUUCAAUGAAGCUCUCUUUAGACCCUUCGAGCACAUCAUGCAGCUGGAGCUCUGCGAUGAAGACGUACAGGAUCAGGUGAUCACCUCUAUUGGCGAGCUGGUGGAGAUGUGUUCUACUCAGAUCCAGUCUGGCUGGAGACCGCUGUUUAGUGCCCUCAGAACUGUACACGGCAACAAGACGGACAUAAAGGAUUACCUGAUAGGAGAAUAUUCAAUGGGGAAGUCACAGGCACCUGUGUUUGAUGUCUUUGAAGCCUUCAUUAACACAGACAACAUUCAGGUGUUUGCCAAUGCAGCGACGGAUUACAUCAUGUGCCUUAUGAAAUUUGUCAAAGGUUUAGGUGAAGUGGACUAUAAGGAGAUCGGGGACUGUGUUCAUGUGAGUGGAUUCAGCUCUACAGAUCUGUGUCUGCCUGCACUAGACUAUCUGAGGAAAUGUUCACAGCUGCUUGCCAAAAUCUAUAAGAUGCCUUCUAAACCUGUGUUUUUGGGUGCGCGGCUGGCUAGCCUGCCCAUGCGAGCACAGGAGCGGUCCAUCAGCAGCGAGGACGGCAUGGACUGUGUGUUAGCCGAGUUUGAUGAUGACACAGGUCUGAUCCAGGUGUGGAUUCUUCUGUUGGAGCAGCUGACUGCAGCCAUGUCAAACUGUCCUCGUCAACAUCAGCCGCCGACACUCAAGCUGCUGUUUGAACUGCUGCGAGAGGUCACCAAGUUACCAGGGCCUGGCUUCGCCAUCUUCUCUGUCAUUCAGCUCCUUCUCCCUGUCAUGUCACUAUGGCUACAGCGAAGCCACGGCGAUCACUCGUACUGGGACAUCGCCGCGGCAAACUUCAAGCACGCUAUCGGACUGUCCUGCGAGCUGGUGGUGGAACAUAUUCACAGCUUCAUCCAUUCAGAUAUUGGCUAUGAGAGUCUGAUUAACCUGAUGCUGAAAGAUCUCUUCAAACUGCUGGUGUCUUGCGUAGCUGAACCAGCCGAGACCAUUUCCAGAGUGGGCUGCUCCUGUAUCAGGUAUGUUCUGGUAACAGCGGGUCCUGUCUUCACUGAGGAGAUGUGGAGGUUAGCCUGCUGUGCGCUUCAGGACGCGUUCUCUGCCACACUGGAGCCGGUGAAGAAUCUGCUGGCUUGUUUCCGGAGCGGGUCAGACAGUUUCGCGGGCGAUGCGUGUGAGGUGAAAGUGGCAGCCCCCUCACAUUCCCCCUCAGCAGAGGCCGAGUACAUGAGGAUUCGGGCAAUGGCUCAGCAGGUCUUCAUGUUGGAUACGCAGUGCUCCCCAAAAACUCCCAGCAAUAAGGAUGGUUUUGAGCAUGCUCAGUCCUGUGUGCUGAUCAUUGAACUUCCUGCUGAUCAGCAUUCUAACGGACACACUCAGAAGAGGAUUCCCUUCAGAACUCUAGUUGUAAGUUUACUGUCCCAUCAAGUCUUGCUGCAGAACCUGUAUGACAUCCUCCUGGAGGAGUUUGUGAAGAGCUCUGAGGUCCAGGGUAGAGUCACACCAGUGUCUGAGCCCAAGCCUGCGGGAUUUCUGCAAUACAUCUCAAUGCAGAAUCUGGCCAUCAUCUUUGACCUUCUGCUGGACUCGUACCGCACAGCACGAGAGUUUGACACCCGUCCAGGGCUCAAGUAUCUGCUCAUGAAAGUCUCUGGAGUGUGUGGAGCAGCUAACUUAUACCGCCAGUCCGCCAUGAGCUUCAACAUCUACUUUCAGGCUUUGCUGUGUGCCAUGCUGACCAACCAGGAGAACAUCACUGUGGAGCUGGUGAAGAAGAUCCUGAGUGAGGAAGAGGAGGGUGGCUCUGACUCAUCACAGCAGUGCUCCUCUGAGGAUGAAGAUAUCUUUGAGGAGAUGGCUCAGGUGAGUCCUCCACGCGCUCGCGAGAAGCGCCAGUGGCAUGUCCGCAUCCCUUCUCUCAGCAAGCAGCCCGCCAGCAGCGUGGACUGGGCGUGGCUGGUCAAACGGCUGCACAAGCUCUGCAUGGACCUGUGCAACAACUACAUACAGAUGCAUUUGGACCUGGAGAGCACCCUCGGAGAGCAGCCCACCCACCGGGCCAACCCGCUCUUCUUCUUGCCCCUUUUUAAUUCCGAGACCUCCACACCCUCUACCGGGGUUCUGUCAGGUCACGGGACACCCUCAGAGGACAGUGUCCGCCUCCACCUGGAUGAGACACUCUCAGAGGAGGUCCACAGCCCUGGUGUAAGCCUCCCUCAUCUGAGAGGAGACAGGAGGGACACAGGGAGUAAGAAGGAAUGGUGGGAGAGUGCAGGGAACAAGCUGUACACCAUCGCCACAGAUAAAACCAUCACCAAACUGAUGAUCGAGUACAAGAAACGCAAGCAGCAACAGCACAGCCACACCACGUUUUCCAAAGAUGUGAAAGUGGGCGAGAAAAGGGGUGAGGCCAUGAGCCUGCAAGGCCCAGACUCUCCAGGGCCCCAGAGGCCCCAGCAGCUAGUGGAGCAGGGGCCAAUGCGUCACUCCUUCAGCGCAGGGCCCGAGCUGCUGCGGCAGGAGAAAAGGCCUCGAUCGGGGUCCACGGCUAGUUCGCACAACAUCUCACUCAGAGAUUCUGAGGCACAGAUACAGGCUUGGACCAACAUGGUGCUGACAAUCUUUAAUCAGAUCCAGCUCUUGCCGGACUCCACGUUCAUUGCGCUGCAGCCGGCGGUGUUCCCCUGCAUCAGUCAGCUGACAUGUCAUGUGACUGACCUCAGGGUACGGCAGGCAGUGCGCGAGUGGCUUGGACGAGUGGGACGUGUUUAUGAUAUAAUCCUGUGAUGACCAGCAGCCUCGUCUUUAGAUCCAUUUUGCUUGUGAUUUAUGUUUUUGCCAACACUAUUACCUGCUUAACUUUGCGAAACCUUUUUAUCGUAAUGCACAGUGAUUUCUGUGAUACGAUUUCUUGUUGUGAAUGUUCUUCAAUAUUUAUGCUGUUAUAUUCAGAAUCUAUAUUUUUAUUUAUUUAUAUCUAUGAAGUAUUGCCACAUAUAUAGUUAUGCUAUUUUUUUUUUUCUUUUUUUAUUCUGACAUUUGACUUUAAAAUACCCUGAAGAUUUCAAUCUGUUAAAAUCAUUGCACUCUGAAACAUUACAAUAAUGCUCUUUUGUAAAUGCAUUGCCUAAAAUACGGUGGUCACAAAAGUAUUUGGACAUUUAAGUCAAACUUAAAAAUGUUUGAAUUUGAUUUGAUUUGAUAACAGAAUAUCAAAGCAAGUGGAGUCUGUACUUAAAUGCAGCUAGAGAUUUUUUCCAGAUCUAACUUUUGCAAUGACAUUUAACAAGAUAAUAUCCUGCAGAGUAAGUCAUGUAGUUUAUUAAAUUAGCUAUGGACAUGUUUCACUAACAUUUGACAUUAUGACCAGUGUCAUAAUACUUAUAAUCUAAAUUUUGAAGUCUUUAUAUCUAUCAUUUUAAACAUAGAAAAAUGUGUACUUGUACUGUCUUCAAAAUAAGUGCCACUAGAUUCAAUAUUUUGUUAUCUAAAGUAAUUACAUUUCAAUAUUUGUGUGUCUUCGGUGCCCAAAUACGUUUUGGGGCCACUGUAGCUAAAGCAUAUUAUCUUAUGCUUUGCUAAUGCAGUAUUAUGUUGCAAAUAUUAUCAUCACAAUGCGUUUCAUACAAAGUAGUCCAUGUAACUGACAUGUAAAAGAUUUACACAUAUAUUUCACACCAAUUCCAGAUUCUCUAAAUUAACACUGCAAAACACAUUAACACAUCCUUUUGUAGAGUAUUUGGCCAAAUCAACAGUACAUACAUUUGAAAUCAUUAACCCAGAUAUUUUAGCUUCAACAGCUUGUGUUGUCAAUAAAUAUGUGAUCACAGGAAUCAUGUUCAGUGUUAACAAGAAAGCUACCUAUCCACAAGUGCUUCACAAGCUUUCAAAACGCUCACACACCUCAUGAUUCAGUUUAAACAUCCAAUGUCUAUCCAUACUAUCAGAGUGAUUAUCAGCCAGACCCUAGAUUUCACUACUCUCAAUCCAGCGGUAAUCUAUAGUUCAGCAUACCACAUACUGGCUUUAAUGUUCACCAAACAAGACUAAAUCAAAGUAAACUUGAAUAAACUUUAGUAAAGUUAUAAUAUUGCCUGUUUAUUUCAAUACUACAACAAUAGUAUGAUUUUCAUAGCUGCAGCAUAUACUAUCUGAAUGUACAGAAACUAUGUCUCAAACGGUUACAUUUUAAAUUGGUGAAUAUCUGUAAUCUGUAUUGGAUUUGUUUGCACUUUUGAGGCAUACAGUUUUAUUGCUUUAAUCAUAGUUCUUGUCCUGAAGGACUGCAGUUGCUUGAAUAACAGUUUGUCAUCUGCAUGUAUUAUUUAUUGUAGAUUUUCUUUUUGGUGUGUAUGAAAAUGGAAAUGUGUAUAUUUUAUUUAUUUCUUGAUGCUUGCAGUUUAGUGUUAUUAUGAGAAACUUUGCUCAACACAUGACAAGCUUCUUUUUGUAUGCAAUUCAUAUACAGUUAUUUCAAAAGGAAGGGUACUAUGCUGUGUAUUUUAUGUGCAAUGUUAACUAAAGUAAUUUGGGACCCAUAUAUCAAACAUAUUCUUUACAUAUGUGCACAAAGCCUAUAUGUUACAUAAUCAUAACCAGAAUGUAUAAUCCUUUGCUCCAUUUGAUUUUACCCUGUUUUCAGUUCAUAUUUGUGUAUGGAAACUGCUGGCCGUAAACAGCAAGAAGAGAUUUAACUGGGCAGUAAAAUGGACCAAAGAAAAACGUGUUUAUGUCGAUAUGAACGUGUUCUGAAAUCUACUAUUAUUAUUAUUAUGUACUUUUUUUUUUUUAGCAAAAAUGCAUAUAGCAAAAAAGUUGUUAUUUUUCCCUCUUUGAAAAAGCUGAUUUGUCAAGAGCAUUAAAAGUUUGUUCUUGGAUUAUUAUAUUUUUAGGUAAUAAUUGAGGUCUACAUUCUUCUACUUUGGAAACAACUCUUUUGUAAGAAGGGGACUAACAGCACACAAUUCAGUUUGAUAGACUAUAAGAUCGUGAAAAUGUUCAGACAGUGUUUUGGUUCUGGUUAAAUCAGAACAAGGCGUUUUAAACUGCUGGGGAUAUUUUUAAGAGGAUUUUUUUUGUGAACAAUUGGUUUGAUUUCUAAACCUAAACUUGCAUCUCUUGGUCUAAAUCAUUAGAAAACACGAUGGAUUAUUUUUUGCUGACAAAUUAAAAGCUAAAAGAAAUUUCUGUGUAAUACUGCAAACAAGUGUGGCAGGGAGGAGUGUGGCAGGGAGGAGUGUGGCAGGGAGGAGGGUGGGGCUGGGUCGUGAUGCUGCACACCCAGCCCCUAAUCAGGCUAAUCAAACCCUAAGGUGACCGGAGGCGGCAGCUGCCCUGUAUGUGUUUAUGUUUGUGUCUUUUUAAGUUUAUUAUUAAACAUUAUUUAUGUUGUUAAGCUGGUUCUCGCCUCCUCCUUUCCCAUUACUCCUGUUACAAUAUGUCUUAAUUUUAGCUAUCCUUACAUAUGUUAAAUCCAUAAUGCCACUUCAUUCCAAGUGCACUCCCAUUAAUUAUACCAGAAUGUACCACAUACUUUUUAAAUCAGAUGGCAAGAAUAUAUUUGUUUGUUUUGUUUUGGAGGGAGUGGCCUCUUAUAAUAUGAGUCUGGGUACCAGUACUUACAGUAAUUGAUUUCAUGCUGUUAAUUAUUAAACUUCUAUCAGUCAACUGCAGUACAUGUGCAUCAUGCUGAAUGUGUUCUAAAGUGUCUGUUAGACGAUCAUUUGUGUUCUUAGGUGUUAUAGAAUAAAAAAUCAGAGUUA